UAGUUGGGUGUUGUAUUAAUAAUUAGAAGUCGAUCCCAAGACAAAUUUGGGCGUAGGAGUGUAAGAACCAAAACGGGAUCAUGGCCAGUGGUAGCCGAAAUCCUCUUGUUGUUGGGCGUGUAAUAGGGGAUGUAUUAGACAACUUUGAAAAUUCAAUUCCUCUUCGAGUCACCUAUGGUAAUAGGGAGGUUAAUAAUGGUUGUGAGCUUAAACCUUCUCAAGUUGCCAAUCAACCCAGAGCGAGUGUUGGUGGAAAUGACAUGAGGAACUUCUACACCCUAGUUUUGGUGGAUCCUGAUUCACCUAGCCCAAGUAACCCCACUUUUAGAGAGUACCUUCAUUGGUUGGUGACUGAUAUUCCAGCAACUACUGGGGUUAGUUUCGGUAAUGAGGUUGUAGGUUAUGAAAGGCCACGACCCACCUCUGGAAUUCAUCGUUUUGUGUUUGUAUUGUUUCGUCAACAAUGCAGACAAAGAGUGUAUGCUCCAGGAUGGAGACAAAAUUUUAAUACAAGAGAAUUUGCUGAACUCUACAACUUAGGAUUGCCUGUUGCAGCUGUUUUCUUCAAUUGUCAAAGGGAGAGUGGCUCUGGUGGAAGAACAUUUAGAUAAUUAUAUAAAUUAUACAAAAUUAAAAUUAAAGUGGAUAUGAGCUUAGUUAGUAAAUACCGCAACAUCCAAAUAACAAAAUGUUAUAUGCACAUACACACACACGCGUCAAAUACAUAUUUGUAAAAGAAGUCGACACUAUUUAGAUAUAUGUGUCGAUUUAUGUUUAUGUACGUAUAAUGUGAUAAUGUAUCGUAUAUCAUCAAUAAAGAGUUGACUGCUGUCUGUUGUCAAUUUUUUA